AUGGCGUUGAACUCGGAUUCAGACUUUCAAGGCGCUCAUGACUUGGACUAUCACUAUGCACCGCUCACGCAACCCGGCUCCAUCCGCCUGCUGCGCCUGUAUCCCGCAACUUCCGGCUCGGAAGAGGUCCAUUUCACCCUACACCCUGCCCAGCUCAACGACAAACCCGCCUACGAAGCCAUAUCGUACUGUUGGGGCGACGAGAACGACACGCGGGUCGUGUUUUGCGAUCAGAGAGUUCUCCGCGUCACGGUCAGUCUCUACACAGCGCUCAAGCGCCUCCGCCAUGCCGACCGAGAGCGCAUCCUCUGGGCCGACGCUGUCUGCAUCAACCAGAAGGACGAUGACGAAAAGGGUCGGCAGGUGCAGCUCAUGAGCCACAUCUACUCGCAGCCCACCCGCGUCCUGAUCUGGCUCGGGGAAGACAUGGAAGGGCUGGAGGGCCUGACCGAGUGCCUGAGGGGCGCAAAGGAGGUGUUGCCGCCGGAGUCGCACGAUCACGACGUGCUCUUUGAGAACUCGAAGAAGAUCCUCUUGGAAGCACGCGCUUUGCAGAGACUCCGAGAGGAAAAGAAGCCGAAUCUCCUCGACCACAACUGGGAGCCGAUGAACAACUUGCUCUGCCGCCCGUGGUUCGGCAGGAGAUGGAUCAUCCAGGAGGUCGUCGUGGCCGAUGACACCGUGCCCAGAGUCGCCAUCUGCGGCGACCUCGAAUUCCCAUGGCAAGACCUGGCGAGCGUCGCCUACAUCAUUGGUUCGUACUGCCUCUAUCCGAUUAUUGCGGGUUUGUCGAUGGCCAACUGGAAGUCGCCGCGCAUGAGCUCAUAUCUGCAGCAGAACGGCAGGCCUGUCCUGAUGCUCGGCGUUACAUAUAUGGUCUAUCUGCGGAAGCACUACCGCGGCCAGGGCAACCUGCUCGACUGUGUUGUCGCCACCUUCCAGUUCCGGUGUGGAAACCCGGCGGAUCACCUGUAUUCGCUUCUGAGCUUGCCGCGGAAGCCCAGUCGCAUAUUGCCGGACUGCAGUGCCGGCAUCGUGCAGAUUUAUCUCGACUUCGCCGAAACAACUCUCGUCGGCGAACAGGAUCUCAAGCUCCUGAGCCUGGCUCCGCACACCAAUGUUGUAGAGGAUGUGCGCGAGGAUAGGCUCCAUCUUCCCUCCUGGGUUCCCGACCUGUCCCGGCAGGGCGAAGUGCAGCCGCUCGUGUCUUAUGCAAUCCGGCGACAGCCCUUCCACUCCGGAGGCGACAAGAAGCCCCUUCCUAUCUUUGUCUCAGAGGACGGUGGCGGAAAACCGCUCCUCCAUCUGCGAAGACGCAUUGUCGACAGAGUCGAAGAGACGGCUCCGUGCUCCUUCAACCUUCCAUUGCCGCGGGCAAUCGAGGUCCCCGGGUACGUGCGGGUGUUAGGCCUGUCCUCCCUGUUCAGACUACGCAUGAUGAGAUGGCUCCAGGGAUGUCUAGCAGUGAUGUCGCGGGACAUUGCGCAGACGCUCAUGUGCGGCAUGACGGGGAUGCGGGACCCCCUGCCCGAGGAAGUCAUUCCCGCAGCAGAGGAGUACAUACACUAUGUCUUUGACUUUUGGGACCCAAACCUCUUGUUGACAGACGAGAGGAAGGAGCGGCUGCUCACAUACGGCGCACUGAUUGAGCACUCAUUGUUGGGAAUUGCGGAAUCGCGGUGCUUGAGGGAGGCGAGGGCCGGGGACGUGCUUUGCGUGAUCAUGGGCGCCGAGGUGCCGUAUGUUCUGCGUCCGAGCCCGGAGAAGGAGGGAAGAUACACUCUCAUCGGAGAUGCUUAUCUCCAUGGGAUGAUGUAG